UCAUCGUUAGCGUUGCUAGUAGUCGAGAAGUUGUUGCAUGAAGAUAGCUAGCUGUCAUAAUAAACAUUAACGGCGGAGAGCUAAAACAAAUUCAUUCAUUGCAACGUCUUCUGAUGCAUAAAUAAUGCAUGCAACGAUUUAAUUUCUCUAGUUUAGUAUCAUAACUUCAAGGGACGUGUCUUUAGGCCUCUACUCGUUGCUAACGCGUAGCUAGCUAGCUCCCACUGUUUCCACAGAAUGAAUUUCAACGCAACGGCCAGCUAAUAAGCUGGCUAGCUAAUUGAACAAGAUUUAGCUGGCACUAUCCGACGAUACAGCAUCAAGAGUCCAGCUAUCAAUACAUGCAUUUUUUUCUUUGGUGAAUUUUACAGCACAGUGAAUGUAUUAGCUUGCUAACUUAGCUAACGCUAGCCAAAUUGGUCACAACAAUGUCACAGGCGCACUGGACCAAAUUCGAAAAGGAGACCGAGGAAGAGGUGAAGAACCUGGUCAAACACAUCAGUGGGAUUCAAGAUGAAGAAGAGCAGAACUUUCAACUGGCACUGAAAUUUACCUGGUCCAAUUUCAGGUUUCACCGUUUCCUAGAUGCCAAUAGUCAUAAAGUUCAACGCAGUGUGAAUGGGAUCUAUGAGAAACUGAUGGUGCAUUCAGACCUGAGUAAAGCAGAGAGCUGGGUCAGACUGACAGAAGAGUUCCUCAACUCACCUCUACCCAACACAGAUGGAACUAAGACUGAUGUUCAUCACAGUCUUCUGGACCUUCUCCUACACCUCUCCGACUCUCCCCUUAACUCCAACUACAGCGAGACACCCAGACUGAAGGAGACUGAGAAAGAAGACGACUUUGACUGGUGUGGAUAUUUACAGGAAGGAGAGCUAGACACAGAUCCAUAUCCAGACACCCCAGAGUGGUCUGAGGAGGAGAGCGAGGACGAGGACAGUCAGCAGCCGCUCAGCAGAGAGGAUUCUGGGAUACAGGUGGACCGGACUCCCCAGGAGGACCAGGAGAAGACGGUCCCUGUUACCUGGACAGUGGGUGAGCCUGAUGCCAGGUCCUGGUUAGAGCAACAUGUGGUUACUCCGUACUGGCAGGGCCACACUGCCCGCUUCCCUCACAGUCUCCAUCUACACUCCAACCUGCUCAACGUCUGGGACCAACACGUGUACAACACUGACCCGUUGUAUCUGCCUGAAGAGAAAGCCUUUGUCACCGAGACGCAAGUGAUCCGAGAGACACUGUGGCUGCUCUCUGGGGUGAAGAAACACUUUAUAUUCCAGCAUCAGGAUGGAAAAGUGGUGGUCAGGAAUGACGUGGUGGUCACUCACCUAACUAACGGUGCUGUGACCCCUCACCUGGCCCAGAUCAAGGUGCUCCACAGGGUGUUCUGUACGGGUGUGGCAGAGGUCCCCCCUGAGACCCCUAACGUGGUGCGGGCCUCACACCUGCUCAACACACUGUACAAGGCUAUCAUAGAGUACGACAGCGUGGGAGAGGCAUCCCAACAGGCCGUGGCUCUGUUAUUCUCUCUGUGGACAGAGACAGUCAGACCAUACCUAGAGAUCGUGGAUGAAUGGAUCGUUCAUGGUCACCUGUUUGACCCCGCUAAAGAGUUCAUCAUUCAGAGGAACAAAGACGUACCAGUGAAUCACAGAGACUUUUGGUACGCCACCUACACCUUGUACAGUAUCUCCGAGACGGUGGAGAGCGAGGACAAGCUGAGUGACGCGGCCAGCGGGAGCAGCGCAGGGGAGCAGGGAUCGAAGUCUCAGCUCACCAUGGUGUCCUUCCUCAAGCCGGUCCUCAAACAGAUCAUCAUGGCUGGGAAGAGCAUGCAGCUCCUCAAGAACCUGGACUGUAAAGAGGCUGAGCAGACCGAUGGCUCCACUAGAGAUGCAGAAAGGAAGAGCUUGUACACUCUUUUUCUGGAGUCUGUUCAGUCCCGCCUCCGUUGCCGGGACGACUCCCCCGUGGAUACGGUCACCGAGCAACAGGCCACUAAGCAGAGCCUGAUCAAGAUGCAGUCGAUUGUAGCUCAGCAUCUACAGAUGGAUGACAUACAUGACCCUCUACUGGCCAUCAACUUCGCCAGGCUGUACCUGGAGCAGAGUGACUUCCACGAGAGGUUCUCAGGCGGUGACGUGAUCGUGGACCGUUCGUCUGAGUCGGUCACGUGUCAGACAUUUGAGCUGACGCUGCGCUCCUGCCUCUACCCACACAUCCAGAAGAGAUACAUCGAGUGCUGUGGCAACCUCAUGACCACCCUGAAGAAGGACUACAGACUGCUGGAGUACCUUCAGGCCAUGAGGAACUACUUCCUGUUGGAGGCAGGAGACACCAUGUAUGACUUCUAUACAGCCAUCUUUGAUAAGGUCCUGGAGAAGGAGAGCUGGCAGCAACUGGCGUUCCUCAACGUUCAGCUGCAGGAAGCUGUGGGACAGCGGUGUCCAGAGGACAGCAGCAGGUUGUCCAUCUUUCUGGAGACGAUAGACCCAGUCAGAAAGAAACAGCCGAUUAAUAAUCUGGACGGUUUGACCCUCAGUUACAAGGUGCCCUGGCCCGUUGACAUUGUGGUCAGCUCAGAGUGUCAGAGGAUCUACAACCAGGUGUUCCUGCUGCUGCUGCAGAUCAAAUGGGCCAAAUACAGUCUGGACACGCUGGCAUUCAGUGAUUUGACAGUAGCAGCUAAGCGGUUGGAAGGGACACCAGAGGAGGUGAAGGCUAAAGAGCCAAUCAACCAGCAGAUCCACAGGAUGUUUCUGCUGAGGGUCAAACUGAUGCACUUCGUCAACAGCCUCCACAACUACAUUGUGACCAGGAUUCUUCACAGCACUGGUCUGGAAUUCCAGCACCAAGUCCAGGAGGCUAAAGACCUGGACCAGCUGAUUAAGAUCCACUACAGAUACCUGUCCACUAUCCACGACCGCUGUCUAUUGCGAGAGAAGGUGAGCUUUGUGAAGGAGGCGAUCAUGAAGGUUCUCAAUCUGGUCCUCAUCUUCUCAGACCGCUGGCAGGUUGGCUUUGGAGCGUGGAAGAUCGAAUCCAUUGAUAAGAUGGAAUCUGAUUUCAAGAACUGUCACAUGUUCCUGGUGACUAUACUAAACAAAGCUGUCUGCCGCGGGUCAUUUCCACACUUGGAGUCCCUUGCCCUGUCUCUGAUGGCUGGCUUUGAACAGUGCUGAGAGAAGAACAUCUCUUUCUGCUCGCCCACCAGACCCUUCGCCCCCCCGACCACCCGACCACCAGAUCCUUCGCCCCCCCGACCACCAGACCACCCGACCACCAGAUCCUUCGCCCCCGACCACCAGACCACCCGACCACCAGACCCUUCGCCCCCGACCACCAGACCACCCGACCACCAGACCACCCGACCACCAGACCCUUCGCCCCCGACCACCCAGACCCUUCGCCCCCGACCACCCAGACCACCAGACCCUUCGCCCCCAGACCACCCAGACCACCAGACCCUUCGCCCCCGACCACCCAGACCACCAGACCCU